AUGACAGUAGUUAGGUGUUCUAGCUCUAAUACUGAUGUGGUUUGGAAUUGGCCUGUUGCCUGCGUAAAGAGGCGGUUACUUACCACAGAACGAAAAAAAGGAGCAAAACAUCAGGACAUUAGAUGUGAACUAGAAUGGGAAACUGCAGAAAGUUAUGGAAAAGAGGUAGGUUGCAAAGGAAGACGUGCAUAA